AGCAGAAAUGUUGUACGUUUUGUUGGGAGCGCUUUUAGCCCUUUUUAUUUAUUACAAAAUUGUCAAACCGGCGAAAUUUUGGGACGAACGUGGUGUGACCCAUGAGCCGGCUUUGCCCCUCGUUGGAAAUUUCCUCCCAGCAUUUCUUCGGAGGAAACACCCUGUAGCAAUUCUAACAGAACUGUAUCAAAAAUACCGAGGGAAAAGAUAUGUUGGGUUUUUGCAAUUCAAUCAUCCUUUUCUGAUGGUGCGAGAUAUCAACUUGGUCAAACAACUCACUGUUAAAGAUUUUGACUCGUUCCAUGACCACUUCCCGUUCAACUAUGCCAAAAAUGAUCCCAUUUUAGGCAAAAGUUUGCUCUUGUUAAGUGGCCAAAACUGGAAGCAGAUGAGGGCGACUUUAAGCCCGGCUUUCACCGCAAACAAAAUGAAAAACAUGUAUCAACUAAUGACAGAAUGUGCGAAAAACUUUGUUGGGCAUUUUAAAGGCAAAGAGAAAGUCGCUGUUGAAGUCAAAGACAUUUUUACGCGAUUUACAACCGAUGUGAUUGCUUCAACAGCUUUUGGUAUCAAAACCGACUCACUCAACGAACCAAAUAACCGUUUCUUCCUCAUGGCCAAGACUUUGGGCAAAUUUGGGCUCGUUCAAAUUGUCAAAAUGUUGGUUUCGUCGUUUGUCAAAAUCGGGAUUUUUCCCAAAGAUGUUGUAAGAUUUUUUGGCACAAUUAUCAAAAACAAUAUUUUUGAGAGAGAACAAAAUGGGAUCGUGCGACCUGAUAUGAUCCACUUAUUGGUUCAGGCUCGUAAAGGCCAACUCAAGUACGAAUCAUCCCAAGACGAAGGAUUUGCCGUAGUUCAGGAGUCCCAAAUCGGGCAAAAAUUUGACCAGAAGAGACUCACAGAUGACGAUAUUGUGGCCCAAGCAAUGACUUUCUUUUUUGCUGGUUUUGAAACAGUGGCAACAGCUUCGUCUUUCAUGGCUUACGAGCUUGCCAUUCAUCCGGAAAUUCAGAGGAAACUUCAAGAGGAAAUUGAUUUUGUCGGGGAAAAAUGUGAAGGAAAAGCUUCAUACGAGACUCUUCUCUCGAUGAAAUAUUUGGAUCAAGUUGUGUGUGAAAGUUUGAGGAUGUGGCCUCCAGGGUUCCAGAUCGAACGCAUGUGUACCAAAAAUUACAAAAUUCCACCGAAAAAUCCCAAUGAAAAAGAAGUUGUUUUGGAAGAAGGAAUGUCACUCAUUAUUCCAGUGUUCGCCUUACACCACGACCCGGAUUUGUUCCCGGAGCCUGACAAAUUUGACCCGGAACGUUUCAGUGAAGCCAACAGAACAAAAAUUGUUCCAGGGAGUUACCUACCAUUCGGUUUAGGCCCUCGGAAUUGCAUUGCCUCGAGGUUUGCCCUACUGGAAAUCAAAACCUUAUUUUUCCACUUGUUGUCAAGAUUUGACAUUGUGGCCAUUGACACGACCCAAAUACCCCUCAAGUUAAGCACAUGGAAGGUGCAAUUGGAACCGGAAAAGGGUUUCAGACUAGGCAUAAAACCAAGAAAAGUCACUAUUUAUUAAUAAAAAAUACAAAUUACAA